AGCUGCACGUGUGAUUUCAAUGUUUACUAUUUUUUUUGUGUUAAAUAAACAUUAAUAUUAUUACUCUGAUAAUAUUAAACUAAAUAGCCAUGGGCAAGAAGGUGCACAAUGCCAGGGCGCGGCAGAAUCCAGAGACCAUUGUGGACAACUCGGCCGUGAAGAAGAUCCAGAUCGAUGUGGAUGCAGUGGCCGGCGGCAGUGGGCCAGGCUACGACGAGGCCAACGCCCUGGUGCUGCCCUCCGAGAAGCGGGCCACCAAGAUCCGGGUGGACAAGGUGCAGCACGUGAAGAUCCUCACCAAGAAGCAGCGCAAGCACCUCCAGGCGAUUGUGGACAAGAAGAAGAAGAAGGAGGGCCGCGCCCAGCUGCUGGGCGACCUGGCCGCCGUGCAAAUCCCGGAGGCGGAGCUGCAGCAGUACACAUCCAUCAGCCAGGUGCAGACGGUGGGCCUCAAGCGUCUGCCCACUUUGGACGAGUACCUGGCCAAGAAGCAGGAGCGGCAGACUCAAGCCCUGGCCGAAAAGAGCUCGGGGCACCGCGUGAAUGCCAUCAAGGGCUCCAAGCGCAAGCUGCUCGCCGAGGAGGAGGAGGAGCUGGAGGCCAAGCGCAGGAAUCCGAAUGUGAUUAGUUUGGAGGAGGAAGAAUCCUCCGAUGACUCCUCCGAUGAGGAGACGCCUGCAGCACCAGUUCCUCCUGCCAUUCCCACGCCAGUAACUGCUGUGCCGCCGCAAAUCAAAGUGAAUCCCCCUAAAGAGAAGCCCAAAGCAGAGCCUGCUCCACCCGCCUGCCUUCAUCAGACGGUCUACGUGCCCGUACAUCGCUCCGCGGAGGUCCAGGAGGCUCGCCUGCGUCUGCCCAUUCUCGCAGAGGAGCAGCAGGUGAUGGAGACCAUCAACGAGAACCCGAUUGUGAUUGUGGCCGGCGAAACGGGCUCCGGCAAGACCACCCAGCUGCCGCAGUUCCUCUACGAGGCAGGCUAUGCCCAGCACAAGAUGAUCGGAGUGACGGAGCCGCGGCGCGUGGCCGCCAUUGCCAUGUCCAAGCGGGUGGCCCACGAGAUGAAUCUGCCGGAGAGCGAGGUGUCCUACCUCAUUCGCUUCGAGGGCAACGUCACCCCGGCCACGCGCAUCAAGUUCAUGACCGACGGCGUGCUGCUCAAGGAGAUCGAAACGGACUUCCUGCUCAGCAAGUACUCGGUGAUCAUUCUCGACGAGGCGCACGAGCGCAGCGUCUACACGGAUAUCCUGGUGGGGCUGCUCUCGCGCAUCGUUCCGCUGCGACACAAGCGCGGCCAGCCACUGAAGCUGAUCAUCAUGUCCGCCACGCUGCGAGUGACCGAUUUCACGGAGAACACGCGGCUCUUCAGGACUCCGCCGCCGCUGCUCAAAGUGGAGGCGCGACAGUUUCCUGUGACGAUUCACUUCCAGAAGCGCACGCCGGAUGACUAUGUGGCCGAGGCCUAUCGCAAGACUCUGAAGAUCCACAACCAGCUGCCCGAGGGCGGCAUCCUGAUCUUUGUCACCGGCCAGCAGGAGGUCAACCAGCUGGUGCGCAAGCUGCGACGCACGUUUCCCUACCAUCCGGCGGAUAAGGAAGCUAAGGAGGCCAGUGAGGUGACUCCAGAGGCGGAAGAAACGAAGGAUGAGCCGGCUGAGGAUCCCAAGGAGCUGGAGUUCGACAUGAAGCGGGUGAUACGCAACAUUCGCAAGUCGAAGAAGAAGUUUCUGGCCCAGAUCGCCCUGCCCAAGAUCAACCUGGACGACUACAAGCUGCCCGGCGACGAUACAGAGGCGGAUAUGCAUGAGGAGCAGGAUGAGGAGCUGGAAUUAGAUGGUGAAGAAGACGAAGAGGAUGAAAUGGACUCCGAAAUAACCUCCAACCCGAGGCAACCCCUCUGGGUGCUGCCCCUCUACUCGCUGCUCUCCUCGGACAAGCAGAACCGCAUCUUCCAGCCCGUUCCCGCCGGCUGUCGGCUGUGCGUGGUCAGCACCAAUGUGGCCGAGACCUCGCUCACCAUUCCGCACAUCAAGUAUGUGGUGGACAGCGGGCGCCAGAAGACCCGUCUCUACGACAAGCUCACCGGCGUGAGUGCCUUUGUGGUGACCUAUACGUCCAAGGCCUCGGCGGAUCAGCGAGCUGGAAGAGCUGGUCGCAUCAGUGCCGGUCAUUGCUAUCGCCUCUACUCGAGUGCUGUGUACAACGACUGCUUCGAGGACUUCUCGCAGCCGGACAUCCAAAAGAAACCCGUCGAGGAUCUGAUGCUGCAGAUGCGCUGCAUGGGCAUCGAUCGAGUGGUGCACUUCCCGUUUCCCUCGCCACCGGAUGAGGUGCAGCUGCAGGCCGCCGAGCGGCGACUGACGGUGCUGGGUGCCCUAGAGGCGACUAAGUCGGAGAAGAGCGACCUUCCGCCUGCCGUCACCCGUUUGGGUCAGGUCAUCUCCCGCUUCCCCGUGGCGCCGCGCUUCGGCAAGAUGCUGGCCUUGUCCCAUCAGCAGAACCUGCUGCCCUACACCGUCUGCCUGGUGGCCGCCCUCUCCGUCCAGGAGGUGCUCAUCGAGACGGGUGUGCAGCGGCAGGAGGAUGUGGCGCCCGGCGCCAAUCGCUUCCACCGCAAACGGCAGAGUUGGGCAUCCAGCGGCAACUACCAGCUGCUCGGCGAUCCCAUGGUUCUGCUGCGCGCCGUCGGAGCAGCCGAGUACGCCGGUUCGCAGGGUCGCCUGCCGGAGUUCUGCGACGCGAACGGAUUGCGCCAGAAGGCGAUGAGCGAGGUGCGCAAACUGCGCGUCCAGCUGACCAACGAGAUCAAUCUGAAUGUGAGCGACGUGGAGCUGGGCGUGGAUCCCGAACUGAAGCCUCCCUCGGAUGCCCAGGCGCGGUUCCUUCGGCAAAUCCUUCUAGCCGGCAUGGGCGAUAGGGUCGCCAGGAAGGUGCCCCUGGCCGAUAUCGCCGACAAGGAGGAGCGGCGGCGCCUGAAGUACGCCUACCACUGUGCCGACAUGGAGGAGCCGGCCUUCCUGCACGUCUCCUCGGUGCUGCGCCAAAAGACACCCGAGUGGGUGGUCUACCAGGAGGCCUACGAGCUGCAGAACGGCGACUCCACCAAGAUGUUUAUCCGUGGUAUCACUGCUAUUGAACCGGAGUGGCUGCUUCUCUACGUUCCGCUGCUUUGCAAUAUACGCGAGGUGCGCGAGGAUCCUGCUCCCAGAUUCGAUGAGUCUUCUGGCAAGAUCUACUGCCAUGUGGACGCCACGUUCGGCAAGUCCGGCUGGGAGCUGCCGCUCGGCGAGGUGGAGAUGCCCAUCAGCGAGAAGGCCUGCUGUUACUUUGGAAUGUUCCUGCUGGAGGGCCAGGUUUUCUCCAGGCUGGCUCCCUUCCGGGGCAAACUGAAGUCCACGCCCGCCUCCGUCAUCAAGAGCUGGUCGAGCAUGAACGACAAGGUGCUGCGCUUCAAGCGGGCGCUCAUCACCAAGCAGAUCCACAGCCGCCAGGCGCUGCUGGACCAGUGGACAAGCGAUCCUCACUUCCUCUUGGAGGAGUACCAGAAUCUGCUCUACGACGUGGCCCUCAGCGAACUGACGCCUCUGUGGCCACCAGUGGAUAAGGAGGAACCUCUAGCCCAGUCAAAAAGCUAG